AUGAAGACACACUGCAGCAGCGUGAUGUUCAGGGUUUGCUGCGGCGCAUCGAAGCUCGACAGGUCCAACGCAAUCGCGGCGGUGAAGGUCACGUUGACGAAGCACAGCCCACGCACCCCGGGACCGGGGUCGCCUACGGAGUUCAUCGUACCACCGUACACGCAGAGCACCUCCGUGCCGUUCGCAUCGGGGGGCGGGAGAGGCCCGAGGCCGGCCGGAACAGCCGCCGGCAGACACGCGUCGCCGUGGCCGCCCGCAGCGCACUCGCAGCGGCAGCCGCUGAUGCCGCUCGCCUUCGCAGCGAAACACACUGCGUCCGUGACACACGCGCCGCAGUCCAACGCCGUCACGGGGGCGGUAAUGGAGAGGUCAGAUUCGUAG